GUCCUUCAAAGUCGGUGCGAGAGCAAAUAUGGCUACUAAGUUUAGCAAACCAAAUGUCAUCUAAAAUUAUUCCCUUAUAACUCUUGUUUUUCUAUUUGUUGCAUGGCGAAUAUUCUCUUCUUAGUAAAUUACUAAUGUUCUCUACGAUAUACGUUGUUUAAUAGUUAAAUUAGUUAAAUUGUCGCUGUGUUGAUGCCGUUUCGAUAAUGAAUGAGUACCGUCCAGCUCCUGACGCAGACGCUACAAAACAGCAAGAACGGCAUUACUACUUGUUGUCAGAGCUCCAGAUCUUAGCAAAGGAUUUGCCGAGCUCCUUCCAACAGCGCCUGUCUUAUAAUACACUUGGCGACUUGGCUCUGGCGCUCAUAGAUGGAACAGUUUAUGAAAUAGUGCAAGGCCUCUUGGAUAUUCAGCACCUGACCGAGAAAAAUCUUUACAGCCAGAGGCAAAAGUUGCACUGUGAACACCAAGCCCUUAAGCAAGAGAUAGCAAGGAAGCACAAAGAGGCUCUGCUGUCAUGCAAGUCUCACAACCUGGCACUCCUCAAAUCAAAUCAGCAAGCUGAACUAGAGGCCCUGGAAAUUCGUGUGCGAGAAGAACAAAGACUAAUGGAUAGGAAAAUUGUGUCUGAGAUUGAUCAAAAAGUUACAGAUCAACAGAAUACUCUGGAGAAGGCUGGAGUUCCUGGGUUUUAUAUCACUGCAAAUCCCCAGGAGCUGACAAUGCAGAUGAACUUACUGGAGUUGAUUCUGAAGCUUCAACAGAAAGAAUGCCAGUCUGGAUUUCUAUGACAAUGACAUCAUCUGUCACAUUUAUGUAUCACAGUUCAUGUUAAAAUGCAAAUGUAGGCAUUACACUAACAAAUUCUUAAGUAUACAGGUACAAGAAAAUGUAAUUCCUUAAAAAUACAUACAUUUGAACUUUUGGGUGACAUCAAACAAUUGUAGCUGUUCCUGAAACCAGUCACUUGACCCUCAUUUAGUUCAUUCUGGGAGCAUUAGGUGGCCUGGAAAACCCCUACAUUAAAAUCAACAAAGCAUCUGAAUUAAACUAAAGCAACGAGACUUGGACAACCCGCUGCUGGCCUUUAGGUUUUUACAUUUAGGAUGGGAGAGUGUGACAGUGCCUGGUUUAUGUUUUGAUGAGAUUUGAUUGCAUAUUUAUUUCUGUUAUAUGUGAGAUGCAAUGCAUUUUUUUUUUUUUUUUUUUUUUAUUACAGUUUGCCUCGUGUAUUUUUGUUGUCGGUUUUGGAGGAAUAGUGGUAUAUUUUCUUGAUAAACUGUUUUUCCUCUUCUGGUCCCAUACUGCAUAUAAAUACGAGUGAACUAAGAUUACUUUUGAACUUUUUUCCAAUACAGAAUUGUUGAAUCAGUGUGGGAUAUUGUCAUUCUCUAGAAAUGUAUUAUAAGUUAUUAUUUAAAAAUGUGAACACUGGUGAAUAUUUUUUUUUUUUUUAAGUUUUGAGAAAUCUUUAACAUGAUCAGUCUUCACAGUCAUCAUUGAUUUCUAAUAACAUACAAUAACAUUGUUAAAAGUUAAACAAACAAACAAACCUAUUUCAGAAAUGUUUGUCACCUUCAUUUUAAUCAAUGCCCAAGACGCAGCACUCAGUUUCGAAAUGUUUGUUGAUCCCUGUUCUUGGGUUUUAAGUCAAGAAACUCCAUUUACACCUUCGUUGCUUCAGCGGUUUGGUUUGAGUCAUUUGUAGGUUA